AUGGCACUGCGUGGCAAGAGCGUCGAGGAGUUGCUGUCUAUCCAGUCGGCCGCUCUGCGUCAGCUGCUGGCUGUAAACGAGGCUCUCGCUGAGGCUCAUGCUGGCAAGGAUGGGCAGAAGAAGAACUUGGCACCCGAGGAGGUCCCAGUUGUGAAGACAUCUUCCACAGCCACCGAGGAAGGCCGACGACUAAGCGUCAAGGAGCCCCUGAUGAAGCGCUCGACCUCUCCAACGCCGGAGGGCUUCGGCCUUUUCUCCCAAGGAGCCAUGUUUCCAGACGCCGACAAGAUGAAGGACAAGAUCCGUUCAACGCUCUUCGCUCCGGAGUACGACCCGGAGGCCGUGUACAAGACCACCGGCAGGUGCCAGGCCAUAGCCCGUGACGCCACUUUCAAGUCCAUCACGAUGGUGGUGAUUAUUCUGAACGCUCUGUGGAUUGGCAUCGACACGGACCUGAACACCGCCGAACUGGAGAUCGAGUCACCCCCCUUCUUCCAGGUUGUGGACAACAUGUUCUGCUUCUUCUUCACAUUCGAGAUUACAGUUCGCUACUUCGCGUUCCAAAACAGGUCGGACGCCUUCAAGGACUUUAGCUUCUGCUUCGACUUGUCUCUGGUCGCGACCAUGGUUUGGGAGGUGUGGGUCACGACGCUCCUUGUCCUCCUGCUGACGAGUGCUGACAAAGGGGGCGGGAACCUCUCCAUUCUCCGACUCUUCCGACUUUUCCGAUUGGUCCGGAUCGCGCGAGUUGGAAGGCUCAUGAGCUCCUGCCGCGAGCUGGUGGUGCUCGUGAAGGGCAUCGGCAUGGGACUUCGCUCCGUUCUCUCCACGCUGUUCCUGAUGAUGGUGGUCAUCUACAUCUUUGCCAUCAUCUUCACCCAGCUCUUCCGAGGGAGUCCCGAAGCCGAAGGCUGCUACGACGGGGUUUUGCAGUCCAUGAACUGUUUGAUGCUGAAUGUCGUCUUCCCGGAGCAGCAAGAGCUGAUGGCGAAGAUGCUUGAGCUGGGUCCCAUGACUUACCUGCUUGGUAUCUUCUACCUCCUGGUUACCGGCCUAACGGUCAUGAACAUGCUCAUCGGCGUGCUGGUGGAAGUGGUGUCAGUGGUGGCUCAAGUGGACAAGGAGGAGAGCGCAGUGAAGGCACUCCGUGACAAGAUCCAGGAUCUCGUGCCUUCGGAUGCAACAAACGGCGUCAACCGGCAGCUGUUCUUGCAACUGAUGAUGGAUCCUGAGCUCGUUGUGACCAUGCAGAACAUCGAUGUGGACGUCAUGUGCGUUGUCGAUUACCCAGAGAUCAUGUUCCAUGCUCGGGAGUAUCUCUCCGUUCCCGAGCUGGUGGAUGCUGUUCUGCAAUUCCGGCGCACAACCUCUGUGAGCAUGAUGGACAUCGCGCAGCUGCGGAAGUUCAUGGUGAACGAGCUCGAGAGCCUGAGACAGACGAUCAGGAAUCGAGCAUGA